AUAUGUCAGAAUAUCUGUUUAAAUUGAGCCGUGAGCUUUCCCAAUGUAGACAGGGCUCCUGGAAACGUGGCAGUGUCCCCCCUGCAGCUGCAGAGCGAGACAGGAGAGUUUGUUUUUGUGAAUGAGCAGUUGUAGCGCGAGGUGGCUGUUGCAUGGUGACGGUGAGGCUCCCCCGGCCCCGCCCAUCCCCCCGUGCAGACGUCACGCGGGGGCGAAGGCGGUUGGGAGGAGAAGUCGCUCGAGCGGGGAAGCGGCGGGAGGGCGGCCGUUAGGAAAAUGGCGCCGUGCGGCCCGGGGCAGACACCCGUCACUGGGCACCGCCGCCUUCCUGGCGCAGCUGCUGUGUCACGCCCACACCGGCCGGCUGUACAGCAGCCAGGAGCCGGUGAGCAUUCUGGAGGCGGAUGGGGUUAAGGGCCUGCUUGGGAACUCGUCGGCCGCCUGGGUGGUGGAGUUCUACUGGUCGUGGGGCGGCCCCUGUGUCAACUAUGGGGCCACCUGGAAGGUACUGGGCCCGGGAGGUGAAAGGACCACCAGAAUCGUUCUCCGUAUUCUAAAAGUGGCCUCACCAACAUCCUGUACAACCUCAACAUGAUGUCCCAACUCCUUUACUCAACAGUGUGAACAAUUAAGAGUAAUUGAAAAUCUGAAGUCCAAAGUUUCAAAAACCACAGAUGAAGGGCUUCCGCCUGAAGCAUCGACUCUCCUCUCCUGCUCCUCAGAUGCUGUCUGACCUGUAUUUUUCCAGCUCUACACUUUUCGACUCUGACUCUCCAACGUCUGCAGUCCUCACUCUCACUGUCACUCGAUCCAUUGGGACCACAACAAUUUUCGACUGUCCUUCUGUGAGAAGGAGCAAAGCUUUUUGGUUCCUGUUUGAGUACGUUUUCAGUAUCAGUGGGAUUAGAUGAGAAACCCUACUGUUGCAGUUCACUGAGUGUGGAGUCUGAAACAGUUAUACGGCCUGGAAAGAGGAAUUCACUGCAGGGAGGGACUCUACAC